AUGACAUUCAAGAAUCAGAAGAUUCUUCUCACUUUGGAAAUGAAGAGAUCGGGAAAAGUAUUUAAAAAGGCGUCAAAGGUCCAGGUUAAGCAAGAAGUAGAGCUCGCAGUUGAGCAAGAAGUGGAACUAACGGUUAAGCAAGAAGUGGAACUCGCAGGGAAAGGCGACGAAGGUGGUUAUGAAGCGAAAAAAGAGGUGAAAGGAUUUGUUUCAACGAAGCUAGGAAGAAGAUGCAAACGUGUUUCCACCAAGACAGUGCAGUCCGCGAAGGAGAACAUCGUUCCUCAUAAAAUGAAGAGAGAAUUAGAUCACGUUGACGCCUCUCUGGAUUUGUCUGUGAAAUCUCUCAUGUCCGGGGCCACAGAUAAGUCCGAGAUGGAAGAAGACAAGGCGGAGCACGAUCGGAAAGACGAGAAGAAGAAAGCGGAACGCAAAACGCGCUCAAAAGCGCCGGCUAGUGGGGAAAGCGAUACUCAACGUCAGUCGCGUCUCACAGUCGGUGCCAAGGUUCUUCAAGCGGGGACAAAGAGCAAGAAGUGCUUGGGUUCUCAUGUUAGCGCUGCAGGCGGAUUGGAGCAGGCGAUCUACAAUGCAUGUGCUGAGGGUAAUCGUUCCCUGGCCAUGUUCGUGCGUAAUCAACGUCAGUGGAAUGCAAAACCUAUGGAUGAAGCCACUGUUGAACGAUGGAAUCGUGCCGUUGAGGAAACCGGCUUCCCGCUCUCUCAAGUUCUUCCACAUGGUUCUUAUUUGAUGAAUCCUGGAUCUCCUGAUCCCGAGAAAUUGGAAAAAAGCCGAGCGGCCAUGCUCGAUGAGUGCAAACGCUGUGAACGUCUAGGAAUCGGGUUGUAUAAUUUUCAUCCAGGUUCCACCACAGGAACGGGUACAGUAGAGCAGUGUCUCAAAUUAGUUGCUGAAACUAUCGACUACAUUGUUGACAAUACUGACUUCAUCGUCAUGGUAAUAGAGACGAUGGCAGCUCAGGGUCAUACUAUCGGAUCGACAUUUGAACAGAUUCGUGACAUCAUAUCAAUGGUGAAAAAUAAGGAGCGUGUCGGCGUCUGCAUCGACACCUGCCACAUAUUUGCAGCAGAAAACACUAAGAAGUUUGAUGAUGUCAUUGGAUUCAAAUAUUUGAAGGCGUUUCAUCUCAACGACUCGAAAGGCGGACUUGGAUGCCGUGCGGACCGUCAUGAAAAUAUCGGACGUGGGCGUAUUGGAAAGGGUGGCUUCAAGUGUAUUAUGGAUGAUGAACGUCUGAAUGGCAUUCCUCUAAUUUUGGAGACCCCAGAAGGGGACUAUCCACGCGAAAUGAUCACGCUUUACUCGCUCUAG